AAAUCUCGCAAAAAAUUGAUUCUUGAAGUUUACUAUGAGUAUAGCACUUCAGGCUUCUCUGUUUUGCAGGCCAGCGAUCCCUCAAUUAAACCCUCCUUCUCUCUAUCUAAAGCCACGCCUUUCCAGUGUUUUCCCCCAGUUGUGUUUCUCCAGAAGAAUAAACGGAAGGUUAAGCGGUUCGGCUUUGAUCAAGCCCAGACUUCGACGCCAUCGUUUUUCCUGCACGUUGGAUUCAGAAAAAGUAAAUUCAGCUACGAAACCUCCGUCAGCGGAGAGGCCGAGAGCGUGGUGAAGAAUGGGGAUGCGAAAGAAAGGUUGCCGAUAAUGGUGUUUUUGAUAGGAGUCUUUGCGAGGUUGAAAACUGGGUUGGAGAAUAUACUGUAUUCGGAUUGGUUCAGUUGGUGGCCGUUUUGGAGGCAGGAGAAGCGGUUGGAGCGGUUGAUUGCGGAUGCUGAUGCUAAUCCCAAAGAUGCUGCUAAGCAGAGUGCGCUUUUGGCUGAGCUUAAUAAGCAUAGCCCUGAGUCUGUGAUUCAGCGUUUCGAACAAGGGGUGCAUGCUGUAGAUAGUACAGGAGUAGUGGAAUAUCUUCGAGCUCUAGUUGCUACUAAUGCAAUUGCUGAAUAUUUGCCGGAUGAGCAAUCUGGAAGGCCUUCUAGUCUUCCUUCCUUGUUGCAAGAGUUAAAACAACGUGCAUCAGGGAACAUGGAUGAGCCUCUUUUGAGCCCAGGUGUGUCUGAGAAACAGCCAUUGCAUGUUGUGAUGGUGGACCCAAAAGUGUCGAACAGAUCGUCACGCUUUGCUCAAGAAGUCAUAUCAACUAUCUUGUUCACUGUUGCUGUUGGUCUGAUGUGGGUAAUAGGUACAGCUGCACUUCAGAAGUAUAUUGGUGGCUUAGGUGGGAUAGGAACUCCUGGAGUUGGUUCAAGUUCUUCUUAUGCCCCAAAAGACUUGAACAAAGAAAUUGUGCCAGAGAAGAAUGUUAAGACGUUUAAAGAUGUCAAAGGUUGUGAUGAUGCUAAACAAGAGCUUGAGGAGGUUGUUGAGUAUCUAAAAAAUCCUUCAAAGUUCACUCGAUUAGGGGGGAAAUUACCUAAGGGAAUUCUUCUGACUGGAUCGCCUGGAACAGGGAAAACUUUGCUGGCCAAGGCCAUAGCGGGAGAGGCUGGGGUUCCUUUCUUUUACCGAGCUGGCUCUGAAUUUGAAGAAAUGUUUGUUGGGGUUGGUGCUCGGCGUGUGAGAUCCUUGUUUCAAGCGGCUAAAAAAAAGGCUCCAUGCAUCAUUUUUAUUGAUGAAAUUGAUGCUAUUGGGUCAACACGGAGCCAGUGGGAAGGUCAUACGAAGAAAACGCUGCAUCAGUUACUCGUGGAAAUGGAUGGGUUCGAACAGAAUGAGGGUAUUAUUGUAAUGGCUGCAACCAACUUGCCUGAUAUACUUGAUCCAGCUUUGAUAAGACCUGGUAGAUUUGACAGGCAUAUCGUUGUUCCUGAUCCAGAUGUCCGGGGCCGUCGGGAGAUCUUGGAGCUUUAUUUACAAGAUAAACCUUUGGCAAAUGAUGUUGAUAUAAACUCAAUUGCUCGUGGCACUCCAGGAUUCAAUGGGGCAGAUCUUGCAAAUUUAGUGAAUAUUGCUGCUGUUAAGGCUGCUGUAGAAGGAGCUGACAAGUUGACUGCCACACAGCUAGAGUUUGCCAAAGACAGGAUAAUGAUGGGAACAGAAAGAAAGACGAUGUUUGUAUCAGAAGAAUCCAAGAAGCUCACAGCAUAUCAUGAGAGUGGCCAUGCUAUUGUGGCCUUGAACACCGAAGGUGCACAUCCAAUUCACAAGGCAACAAUCAUGCCCCAUGGAUCUGCUUUGGGCAUGGUUACUCAGCUUCCUUCUAGCGACGAGACGUCAAUCAGCAAGAAGGAACUAUUGGCACACCUUGAUGUUUGUAUGGGAGGAAGAGUAGCUGAAGAGCUUAUCUUUGGCGAGGACCACAUUACUACUGGAGCAAGUAGCGAUCUUGACACAGCUACUAAGCUUGCUCAAUAUAUGGUAACAACAUGUGGGAUGAGUGAUGCAAUUGGCCCUGUUCAUUUUAAAGAAAGACCUGGUUCAGAAAUGCAAUCCCGUAUAGAUGCUGAAGUGGUCAAACUGUUGCGGGACGCUUAUAAUCGUGUUAAAGCCCUGCUGAAAAAGCAUGAGAAGGCAUUACAUGCUCUGGCAAACGCACUCUUGGAGUACGAGACCCUCACUGCAGAAGAAAUCAAGCGCCUACUUCUUCCUUGUACUGAGGGGCAGUUAUUUGAAGCCGACGAUCAGCAACAGGUGGAAGAGGAGCUUGUACUGGCUUACCCAGGAUGAGGGAGAUUUGUACAGGAUAUAAUUACCUUGUCAUCAUUCACCAUUACACAAUAUAGCGAUAUACGUUUCACAUUUUGCUGUAACAUAAUUAGCGAAGCAAAAUCCUGAGUUAGUCGAAUGAACUAAAUUAUUAUACACUAGUGGUUGGAAGGUGAGACACCAGUUCAAGUUGUACCCAAGUUUGGGCAAAAUUUUGGAUGUUGAGGAUAUUAGAAUUCCCAUUAUGUUAAUUGAACAUAAGCUGAUUAGCUGAAAUUUAUGUAAUUCUUUCUGAUUUUAUCUAACAAUUAUAAAAUGUGUUUGCCAGCUUA